AUGCAGAGUGUGGGACCAGUGUCACUCUGCAGUACAAAUAUUGUAAUAGAUUGGGUUUUGGGGAAGAAGAAGAAGAAGAAGAGGAAGAGGAAGAUGAAGAGGAAGAGGAAGAAGAAGAGGGAGAGGAAGAGGAAGAGGAAGAGGAAGAGGAAGAGGAAGAGGAAGAAGAAGAAGAAGAAGAAGAAGAAGAAGAAGAGGAAGAGGAAGAAGAGGAAGAAGAAGAGUAAAAAGAAGAAGAAGAAGAAGAAGAAGAAGAAGAAGAAGAAGAAGAAGAAGAGGGAGAAGAAGAGGAAGAAGAAGAAGAAGAAGAAGAAGAAGAAGAAGAAGAAGAAGAAGAAGAAGAAGAAGAAGAAGAAGAAGAAUAAGAAGAAGAAGAAGAAGAAGAAGAAGAAGAAGAAGAGGAAGAGGAAGAAGAAGAAGUGGAAGAGGAGGAGGAAGAAGAAGAAGAAGAAGAAGAAGAAGAAGAAGAAGAGGAAGAGGAAGAGGAAGAGGAAGAAGAAGAGGAAGAAGAGGAAGCGGAAGAAGAAGAAUAAGAGGAAGAGGAGGAAGAAGAAGAAGAAGAAGAAGAAGAAGAAGAAGAAGAAGAAGAAGAAGGAGAGGAAGAGGAAGAAGAAGAUGAAGAGGAAGAAGAAGAGGAGGGGGAAAGUGUUUGGAACAAAGGAAAUGGAAGAAUCAUCAUAA